AUGCCCCUCGUCUUACCCCGAUCCCUCCCCUCUCCACCCCGAUACCGACCCCAAACCUUCAUCCGGUGGAGUUCACACUCCGCCCCCCAACAACCUACUACCCACACCAACACCCGGAAAAAAGUAACCAUUCACACGCCGCAGAACCUAUACCGGAGAAACGAGCCCAUCACGAUUCUCACAGCCCAUGACUUUCUGAGUGGACUCGUGGCAGAUGCAGCGGGGAUAGAAGUGGUCUUGAUAGGAGAUAGUCUAUCAAUGGUGGCAUUGGGAAUGAAAGAUACGACUAUGGUCACGAUGGACGAGAUGUCAUUGCGCUAUCGGAGCGAGAGUCGGGCAGUUAAGAGAGCAUCUUUGAUAGCAGAUCUAUUAAUGGGGUCUUACGAGGUUUCUCCGUCCGAGGCAGUCGAAUCUACAAUCCAAAUGGUCAAGCAAGGUCGUGUGAAUACUAUUAAACUCGAAGGCGGAGCCGAACUAGCACCAACCAUCAAACGCAUCGUCGAUGCCGGAAUCCCUGGGAAAACUGCGGCUGGGGCGGUUAAAGUGCUGCGUGAUGCUAUGGCGGUUCAAGAGGCCGGGGCGUUUAUGAUUCUGGUGGAGGCGAUGCCGGCGGAGGUUGCUGCUAUUGUGUCGAAGCGAUUUCGGGUUCCGACGAUUGGCAUUGGGUCUGGGAAUGGGUGCUCGGGACAGGUGUUGGUCCAGAGGUUUGUGAAGAGGUUUGCGGAUGUGUGGGGGGAGUUCAAGAGGGAGGUUAAGGGGGGUGUGUUUCCGGGGGCGGAGUUUGGGUAUGGGAUUGGGGAGGAGGAGAGGGUGAGGUUUGAGGAGGUUGUUGGGGGUGGUAGUAGUGCUUUGGAGGAUGGGGAGCCUGCGGUGUAG